AUGCAUAUCUCAUUUGUCAUUAUCCUCGGCAUCCUUACCACCUUCAUAUCCGCGCUCCCCGCUGGAGAUUCCAAGGGUCAUGACCAAGUUACGGUUCAGCUGAUAAACGACAGAACCGGUGCCUGGGGUUCCGUUCGAAUCAGACUUGACAACAAACCGAAAAAUGUUGUCGACCUCUUCCAAAAAAAACCCGUCUUCUCUGACGGCACCGUUAAAGCCACAAGUAUGCAAAUGACCAGAAUUAUCGCGGGCGCUCAUUGCAGAAUCGAAGACGAAAAAACGAAGAAAACAAUCAUGGAAAUCGAUGACAGGAAAACAUUCGACAAUGUUGAUGGUUCUGACAGCAAAGUCCCUGUUAUCAAUUUGAAAGGCUCCACCAUUCGCUGCUGGGUGAGCAAUCGAUAG